AUGAAAGCCUUUACAGACAGCAGAGCUAGGCAGGAGACAGAUCUCCAAGGAAAGAGCGUUGAGGAAUUGAAGAUGAAUACGUUGAGGGACGAAGAGCUUUCUCUUUGCUUCCAAGAGGUGCUUCACAGCUCAGUUGUGAUUGCCUUUCUGCAGCUCGUCAUCAACGCCUGCAGCAGCAGCAACACGGCGAUUCCGGUGGAUUCCAACAAGACGAAUUCCGGGGAGGUCAGGCGCAAACCUUACACAGUUGGUAACAAGACCGUCUUCCUGAACGAUGAGGAGCUGGAGGUGUACAAGAUGACCAUGGGAAAGGAUGCGAACAACGAGCUCAAGCCGACUCCCCUCGUCACCCUAGAGCCCUCACUCUUCAGCAACGCCAACAUGCAGGCGGCAAGCAACGCGCUUGCGAGUGUAGCACGAGAUAGCGGAGUAGCUGCGGGAGCGUGGGGAGGAGGGAGCUACGAGAGGAACAACGACGAGGAGAAUCCUCUGAUCUCAGCGAAGGUCAAAGGAAGGACGCUGCUCAUCGUCAACUGGUCGAGCUUGUGGUCUCAGGCACACCUGAAGAUUAAACUGCUGGACCCGCUCCAAGGGGUCAUCCGUGCCUCGCCUAAUGGCAUCCGAGCUGAGCAUGGCGGAGGAGCAGGCGAUGCCAUCAACAACGAGCACGAAGUGACGUUUGCUGGUUCUCCUGCUGCUCUCCUGAUGCGCAUGUCCCUCCAGCUCGGCCUAUCCGGCACCCAACAUGCGGGUUCGUUGCUCCCGCUCAUGCACCCCUCCCCCUCCCCUUCCUCCUUCGUGUCCCUUGCUCCGUCCCUCUUGCACCUCUGCGCCUCCAGCCCCUUCCUCCUUCUUCGUCCUAUACUCCUCUGUUGCUUCCUCCUGUCCUCCUGUCCUCACUCGGUCAUGCUGAGAUCGUCAUCGUUGCUUGCUGGGAACCCCUCCGCUCUUCCUCCUCAGAGCCUCUCAGGCGCCGGAGCUCCCUUCCCCUCCAUGGGCCACAAGAACACUCCUCCUCCUCCUCACUGGUGGAGUGACCCACGCCCUCCCUUCAACCAGCAGGGUCCCUUCAACCAGCAGGGUCCCAAGCAGAUCGGACUCCUCCGAGAGAUCUCCUCCCCUCCGAUCUCGAGCGCAGGGAUAUGA